GUAAAAGCACACUUAGGAAUAUGAGAAAGAGAAGUAUCCACGAUUUUGUUACACAGAAAACUUUACAUCGAUUAUUAUGGUUUCGAUACUUUCCGUAAAACUCAAAUAACUUCUUUCUUUUCCACACACGCUUCCGGUCAGAGCACAUGCAAAUUGUAUAUGAAUGUAAAAAAUGAGGACAAUCAACUCCAGCCAAUGUGUUAAAAUACCUAAGGGGAUAAAAGCUUCGGUUAAAGCGCGUAUAGUAAAAAUAACUGGAGCUCGAGGUUGUUUAGUCCGAAGCUUUAAACAUCUUGCCUUGGACAUGUAUAUGGUUGAUAAACGUACUUUAAAAGUAGAAAAAUGGUUUGGAGCGAAAAAGGAGCUGGCGUCUGUUCGUACUGUUUGCAGUCAUAUUGAAAACAUGAUAAAAGGUGUGACGUAUGGAUUCCAAUAUAAAAUGCGUGCAGUUUAUGCUCAUUUCCCAAUUAACUGUGUAACUUCGGAAAACAACACUGUAAUCGAAAUUCGAAAUUUUCUUGGCGAAAAAUAUAUUCGUCGUGUACAAAUGGCUCCUGGGGUGACUGUAGUUAAUUCCACUGCACAGAAGGACGAAUUAAUUGUAGAAGGUAAUGAUAUUGAGGCUGUUUCUGGCUCAGCUGCAUUGAUUCAACAGUCAACCACAGUUAAAAACAAGGACAUCCGUAAAUUUUUGGAUGGCCUAUAUGUAUCUGAAAAAACUACUGUUGUGAAAAAAGAAGAUUAAAUACACAUAAAAUAAAGAUAUUGGUCUUUUUCGGUAAUGCCAUAAAAACUGGCAACACCGCUGUUUGCAGUGCUGAUUUUAUGCUGGCUUGAAACUGUUGGAAACUGCGAAAUUGAAAAUUUGUAUUUUCAAACAAAAAUUAGCAAGAUGGUAAAAAUGAUCGAUUUCUAUUAGAAAGGUACAAAAAGAGAACGAAUCGUGUAAAGAAAAAAA